AAAAGAUCGAUUUCCAAAUCAUUUUGUUUUCAAAAAUAAGUGUUGUUUUCUGGAAAAAAUUAUACAGGAUCCCCAAUUAAUAGGGCCAAAGAAGAAGAAGAGACAGGACGGAAAAGUGAAAACCAGAGGUUUGGAGCAGAAAAGGGAAAAUUUUAAAAACUGGUGGCGAUGCCGAGAGAACAAGGGAUAAAAGAUCAAGAGAUGAAAGGAUUCAAAAAGAAAAAAGGCAAGAUUUGCUUAAGCCAACAAAUGAGGGAAAUAGAAGAAAAGGCCAAAAAAGAAGCAAAUAUCCCUAGAGCGCUGAGACCACAUCGAGCAAUCAUGCGAGGUAAACUAACCAGAUGCACCAAAGACAAAUUGGCAAUUUUGGAGAUUCCUCCUGAAUUCUCCGAGCCAAAGCCAGCCUACAUCGAUUUGUCCAAAGCCCAGCUAAAUGCUGAGGAUAAAGCCAUGGUCGACUUGGUUUUGGAAUUUGAAGUUUCCGGUCCGACUGAAGAGAAGGAGCCACCUGAUUGAAGGAGAUUUUCUAGUUUAGAAGAUGGAUGGGUCGUGGAAGUAUG